AUGAUUGAUUUCAAUGUCCAUGGAAAGACCUGUAUUAUAACAGGGGGCACAAGAGGCCUAGGCUACGCCUGCGCAGAGGUUCUCUUGACUAAUGGCGCCAAAAAGAUCUUUAUAACGUCUAGAAACGAACAAGCUGUUCGAGCUGCUGUCCAUGAAUUGGAGAAGUUGGGCGAUGUGUACAACAAAGAUUGCGAGAUCAUUGGUAUUCCAUCAGACUUGAGCAAGCUGCAGAGUAUCGACGAGCUCUACAACGUUAUUACAGACACCUUUAAAGAAACACAGGUUGAUGUUCUAAUCGCAAAUGCAGGUGCCACUUGGGGUGCACCAUUGGGCGAACAUCCCUCAGAGGCUAUUGAAAAAGUCUUGAAUUUGAAUCUUAAGGGGGUCUUUUUGACUAUUCAAAAGUUUUUGCCCUUAUUAAAGAAAAAGCCUGAAGAUGACCCAUCAAGAAUCUUAAUUAUGGGAUCUAUUGCAGGUAUCGCUGUUAAUCAAUUUGCUAAUACAUAUGGCUAUUUGGCUUCAAAAGCUGGUGUUAUUCAUUUGGGGAAAAACUUAGCAAUUGAAUUGGCACCUAAAUAUAAUAUCAAUGUCAAUAUGUUGGCCCCAGGAUUUUUCCCAAGUAGAAUGGCCAAUGGAUUAUUAGAAGAAAUUGGUGACACAUACGUUCAACAAAAUCCAAGAAAGAGACUUGGGAAAAAGGAAGAUUUAGAAAGUGUUGUUUUAUUUUUAUGCUCAAAACAAAGUAAUUACAUCAAUGGUGCAGUUAUUCCAAUUGAUGGUGGCCAUCACUUAUUAGGCCCUGCGGCUUCUUAUCCUUCGAAGUUAUGA